AUGUACCACUCCCAGCCAAAAGCUUAUGUGCCAGGGAAGGAUCGGUACUUCCAAGAUCUGGAACUCGAAGUGGGAUUCGCAGAAUCGGGGCAUUACUGGUGCAUCACUGUGAAGAAGUCACUCUCGAGUCCUACAGGCUGGAGGAUACCUCAAGCCCGCACCGGUGCAUCGCCAGAAGAGGAGUUGCACGCCGGCCCCGCCGCCCCCAGCCCACUCCAGGCUAAGAAUAGCAUCAUCUCCUGCCACUGCCAGUUCGCAACUUCGCAGCACAAUCAUUCAUUCGCGGGCCGCGAAGGGAGCGACCGCAGCGACCAACCGACAGAUCCUCCAAUCACUAUGCUCGGUCCUGCAGUUGCACCCCGCUGA